AGAGAGUUCCAGGACCAGAGUCUUGAUUGAGCGCGCUAGAUCCUUCUGUUGCUAGAGCUGCACCAGCUGCCUUGCCCGGGAAUUGUGGAUUCGUCGAGGAGAUCCUUGUUGGAGAAGGCAGGAAUUUAACUCUGUGGAAUAAAUGGCUCCUCCGCUGCAGGAUACCGGGGUGGGGGCUGUCGGGGGAGAGAAAAAGGCGAACGGGAGCGAAAUCUGUACCCGCCGUUUUUUCACGUGGGAAGAAAUCGGUCUGCGCACGGGACGGAUUCAGCCUCAUCUUCAAGAGAAGUGGCUUGUGAUUGACAGGAAGGUCUACGACAUCAGCAGCUUUUUCAAGCGACACCCGGGGGGCCCAAGGGUGAUUUCCCACUACGCUGGUCAGGAUGCCACGGAUGCAUUCACAGCAUUUCAUCUGAAUAAAGCUCAACCAACCAAGUAUUUGAAUUCACUGCUAAUAGGGGAACUGGCACAUGAUCAACCAAGCUGUGAACCCAACAAAAAUCAAUUGCUUAUUAAAGACUUCCGGGAACUGCGAUCCACUGUUGAGAAAAUGGGACUUCUGACGCCAAACCUUCUGUUUUUCUAUCUGAUUUUUCUUCAUAUUUUAUUUUUUGAUAUCGGUGCCUGGUUGAUAAUCUGGCAUUUUGGCACAUCUUCAAUACCAUUCUUCACAGGUGUUGCAUUCUUUACUAUUGCUCAGGGCCAAUUGUCCUGGCUCCAGCAUGAUUUGGGUCAUCUUUCAGUCUUUAAAACAUCCAAGGGGAACCAUUUUGCCCAUAAGAUCGUCUUGAGUCUACUGAAAGGAUUUCCAGCCAAUUGGUGGAAUACGUUGCAUUUCCAGCAUCAUGCCAAACCAAACUGCUUUCGUAAAGACCCUGAUCUCAACAUGCAUCCUAUUGCGUUUGCCUUAGGGACGAAACUAGCUAGAGAGCUUGGAUUGAAGAAAAAGAAGUUCAUGCCUUACAAUUAUCAACACAAGUACUUCUUCAUAAUCGCACCGCUUUUAAUGAUUCCCUUCUUCCAGUUCUCCGUAUACCACGCUACAAUCAAACGCAAAGAAUGGGUGGAUCUAGCCUUGAUUGUCAUUUACCAGAUCAGAAUCAUCCUUAUCUACACGCCCAUUAUGGGAUUUAAGUGUUUUAUGGCAUACUACUGGCUGUCCAGAUUACUGGAAGCAUCUUGGUUUGUCUGGAUUUCUCAAAUGAAUCACAUUCCAAUGAAUAUUGACUACGACACAAACAUGGACUGGGUUUCUACCCAACUCCAUGCAACAUGCAAUGUGGAGCAGUCAUUUUUCAAUGACUGGUUCAGCGGUCAUCUGAAUUUCCAGAUUGAACACCACCUUUUCCCCACAAUGCCUCGCCACAACUACAGUAAAGUGGCUCCCCUUGUGAAAUCCCUCUGUGCCAAGCAUGGUAUUUCCUAUCAGACCAAGCCCCUACUCACAGCCUUUGGAGAUAUUUUGCGAUCUCUUAAGGUCUCUGGCAACGCCUGGCUUGAAGCAUAUCUGCAUGGAUAAGCAUUUUGAGAAUGAACUCCAUCCCAAUGAAGAUGCAUCAUGCACUAGAGGGCAGCUGGUGGACUAAGGAAGAAUGUGGGGUCUAGUGGGUAAAUAGGCUAAGUGAUAAUUUUGCUGAGAUGGAAUAAUUGUGACACUUUUCUUCAUCCUCUGUACAGUGUUUCCUUGGAUCUGUAUUAUGUUUAUACUGUGGCAUUUGGGGGAUAUGCAAAAGGUGAAUUAGUACCCUUGUAUUUCACUUGUUGCUUCUGUGAGAUUGAAACUUGCCUUUUUUUUUUCUUGUUUUGGGGAAGGUUGUCAGAUGGGUGAUGCAAAGAGUUUAGAACAGAAAGAUGAAGUAAUGACAAGAAAGAAGAUAAAAAUACAGUUUGUGAAUAACAUAUUACAUGUUACUUGAAGGACAACUUGAAGUUUUAGGAUAGCUUAUAAGGUCCAAUUUCUCUUGAAAGAGCAAAAGUCUUAGAUAGUUUUUGAAAAAAACCUGUUGAGUAUUUAAAGUUUGAAUCUUCAAAAAUAUUGCAAAAGAAGAAUAUUACUUUGGUUAGGUUUUUAAUGUUCUUAAAAAGGAGAAGAGAUGAGUUCCUUAAAUGUAAUCCAAACCAUGAGUUUUGGGAGGAUUGUUUUACACCCAAAUGGAAAUCAGCAAGACCAAACAGCUUCCAUUCUGUCGAAGUUCCAUGUCAUACCUUAACCAGAAACAUGCCAAAAAUUGGCAUGGGACCUCCAUGCCAAUUUUUGAGCUUCAGCAGAAAUAGCACAGUUGAUGCUCAGGUGAAUGCAGAUUCAACACAGACCCUUUAGCUUACACACUUUUUAAAGUGUAUGUUAGAAGGAAGGAUGACUCUUCCACUGUAUUGUGGACCACAGCCUCUGAAAAGUUAAGACCUGAGGUCAUGACAUUUGUCUGGCACAGGAUUGAUUGAAAUAAUUUCUUUGUUAAAUAUCUGUUGCAUUAAUGUGUGACUGAUGCUCUUCUUUGAUCAUUUAGCACAGUUCUCUUAAGAUGUACACCACUUCAUGUGUACCUAUUGUAUUUGUUUGUAUCUUUUAAUAUAUUUCAUGAACUGAUUUCACAAUGUGUGCGUGACUGUCUUUUUAUUCAGUAGUAUAAAUUUGACCAGGAAUGGAAAGAUGAAACUUCUUUAUGAUUUUGGAGAACAUUGUAAUUUCCUUGAAAUAUAUUAAACACCAGAAAGUAGGAAGAUGGGGAAGAUACUUUUUUUUCUGCAGUUAUCCCAAUGUCUAAAUUUGAAAAGCUUGGUCCCAUACAAGAGAUUGCACUGGAGCAGAUUAUCAGUACAUGACUGCUCUGGGCUAACAGAAUCUCAAUUACUGUAGCGCAACAAUAAAUAGGCAAAAAAAGCUGACACUGCAAAUAUGAAAUUACUGUGUAAAAUUAUUUUUAAAGAGGGAUUUGUCAUGAAUUUAAAAUUUUGCAAAAGUAGAAGCAAACAUAAUACCACAUAAGUCUAUGAGUUCUUUAGCUUCAACAUUCAUAGUGAUAUAAUAACUGCUUGAGAAGAUAGUCCUUGUUUAGGGACUGUCUUGAUUAGUGACCAUUUGCAGUUAUCACAAUGAUGAAAAAGUAACUUUGCAACCAAUCCUCGCAUUUACAGGUCGUCCUCGACUUACAACCACAAUUGAACCCAAAAUUUUUGUUGCUAAGUGAGACAUUUGUUAGGUACCGUAUUUUUUGGCAUAUAAGACACACAUUUCCCCCCCCCCAAAAGAGGGUGAAAAUUUGGGUGAGUCUUAUACACCGAAUGUAGCCAAAAAUGCGAGGCACAGAGGCGGCGAUGGUCUGUGGCAAUCCCUGCACCCUGGAACAGCUGAUCGGGGGUAUUCUGGGAUGGUAUAAUUGCAUUGGUUGUACCACCAAUGGGGGUAUUCUGGGAUGGUUGUAAUUGCAUUGGUUGUACCACCAAUCAUCCUCACCAGAUUCAAACCCAUCCCAGAGACGAAAUACAACCACCAUCCAGAAGCCAGACCACAGCGGCAUCACCAGCUGCUGCACCCUCCCUUCGAUCCCCACGCAAAGCAAGCUGACACACACCAUGAACACAUGACAGGACCUCAGACUCAGAGCCUGGCCAAAGCCUGGGAUGCUGCAUCACAGCCAUUUGCUCAGGAUGUUGCAGCACAAUGCUCAGGAUGUCACAGCACUAGAGCUCAGGAUGUUGCAGCACAGCCCAUUACCCAGGUCGUUAAAACUAAUGGGCACAUAGCUACAAAACAGCCGACUAAUCUGCAAACAUCAACCAAUCAAGAUGUAACAGCACAGCCAACCAACCCGCUUACAGCAACAAAGCCAGCACUCCCCACCUCCCCACCAGUAUUUAUAGAGAGACGGUAGCUCCGAUCACGCUUUGCUCGCACAAGCACGAAGCCGUAAGCACCAGCCUGAAGAUGAUGAGUGGGACCUCGUCGAAAUGUCUCCAAGAUACUCUCAACCUUACAUGGGAAAAAACCCGAAUACACCAAGACUUGCAUACCUAUACCCAUGAAAAUUUACAAAU